AUGUCGCAUGCACCCCCAAAGCCACCGUUGGCUGGACGAGCCGGCGCCGGCAAGACUCCAUCCGCAUCGUGCCAUAUCCGCAUCGCCCGUCCGUCGCAGGACAUCGCCAAAACAGAACGCUUCUACGUCGACGGCCUCGGGCUCAAGGUUCUCUGGCGAUGCGGCCCGGAUGCGACAGGCGGCCAUCCGCUGCUGAUGCUGGGCUGGCCCGGAGCAGCCUGGCAUCUGGAGAUCGUAGACGACUCGCACGCCGAGACUCCGCCAAAGCCGACGGAAGAAGACUUGCUGGUGAUAUAUGUGGGUGACUCCAUCGACCCGGACGUGGUGGACAAGCUGGUUGAGGCGGGUGGGAAGAGAGUCACGGCGCGGAACGAGUACUGGGAGCAGUUUGGGGUGACCGUCGCUGACCCGGACGGGUAUCGACUGGUGCUCAGCCAGAGGACAUGGACUAACGAGGCACUCUAG